CUUCAGAGAACUACAAAUCCCAGAACCCCGUAUGUAUGUGACGUAAACGCGCGAUGCGCUACGUUGCUGCGCAGCGCGGGAAAGUGAUGUGAAGGCGAAAUGCAGUGCCCUGGUUAUCCUGAGGACACUGUGCGCGCUCUGGCUGAAAGACUGCCAUGCAGAGAGGCACAGGUGACCAUGCUGCUGUCCCUCAUGGGAGAGCCAGAUCAGUACAGUUAUCCAUCGAUCUUCAUUUACGGCCAUAGGUCAACAGGGAAGAGCCAUGUGGUGCUUUCCAUCAUGAAGGACCUGGAGCUGCCUCACGCUUUUGUGGACUGUGUGGAGUUUGUGUCUCCCGGGCUCCUGUUUCACCGGGUGUUGUCAGCAUUUUUCGGUUCGGAUGCUGCAGCGUUGUUGCCUCGCUCCCCAUCUUUGUCAGACUUUGUCAGACUUUACAAACAGAUGAGCUCCAAGACACCUGCCACUCAGACACGCUAUAUAAUCAUGGAUAGAGCUGAACGCAUGAGGGAUAUGGAUUUCAGCCUGCUUCCUGCUCUCCUGCGCUUACAGGAAUUGGUCAGUGAUAACUUGACUGUUAUCCUGCUCAGCCCAAUCGUCUGGGAGAAGUUUCGUCCCACCACUGGAUGCUUUGAACCUCUGCUUUAUAAUUUUCCAGAUUAUAAUAAAGCGGAGCUUGCACAGAUCUUGUCUCGGGAUCAUCACCCUUCUUACACACCCGAGCUCUACGCCUCCUACAUCAACAUCCUGUUGGGGGUCUUCUUCUCUGUGUGCAGGGAUCUACGGGAGCUCAAGCACCUGGCUGCCCUGAAUUUCCCAAAGUUUUGUGAGCCUCUGGAAAAAGGAGAAGCCAAAGAGAGCGAUAUUCACAAGUUAUGGAGAAAAAUUGAGCCCCAUCUGCAAAGAGCCAUGCAGACAGUUUACCUCCGAGAGGUGUCCAGCAUGCAAUGGAAGGAGCAGCAGAUGGACGAGAAGGAGACCACAACCCCCAGAGGUUUAUCAGCCCAUGGUCACAUAGAGCUGCCAUAUUACUCCAAGUUUCUUCUGAUUGCUGCAUACCUGGCAUCUUUUAACCCUGCACGCACAGACCGCCGCUUCUUUUUGAAGAGUCACGGGAAAAUAAAAAAGACAAAUUUCUUGAAGAAACAUGAGAAGACUAGUAACCAUCUGUUGGGACCGAAGCCUUUUCCACUUGACAGACUGAUGGCCAUAUUUUACAGCGUGGUUGAUAGUAGAGUUGCACCGACUGCCUGUAUUUUUUCCCAGAUCGCGUCUCUAGUUACUCUGCAGCUACUCACUCAGGUUGGACAUGAUGACCAGCUGGACGCACCCAAAUACAAAUGUGCCGUUUCGAUGGACUUUAUUCUUGCUAUCUCCAGAACUGUAAACUUUGAUGUAGUGAAGUAUCUUUACGACUUCCUGUGAGCCUGUUGCUGUGGGGGUAAAGCUGACAUCUUAUUGGACAAAGCGCUUGGGAUUACUUAAGGCUACAGGAAGCUGAGCUGUACGCUUCCUGCAUUUUUAAGGCCAGUCAAAUGGCACCAAAGUUACAUUUCUCAUGUGUUGAUGUUCGGCAAUGUUUUGCCGUCACUACCGGAUGAUGGCCUGAUGAAAGGCAUGACAUUGCUUCCAAACCUUAUGGUAACGUCACAGUUCAUAGCAUCACAUACUUCAAGCACUUAAUUUUAAUGUGAAAUCCACAUCGAAAUACGUUUUGUGUUAUUUAGAUCUUGUUUAACACCAUGGUCUUUGUUAAGUGACCUCUUAAUCUUAGCAAAGCAACCCUGGAUAACAUUUACCCUCUUGGUGGCAGAGAAAUGGCAAACAAAACUCAAAACCGGUAUUAAAUAAACCAGAGGAAAUGAAUUGUUUGUUUACUGGAGUGCAAAUGAUUAAAAUUGAGGUUUUGUUAUUA